GUUUGUAAAGAGAACUGGGUGCCCUAACCCUGUCCUAUCACCCGGGUGCAUCAGUACCCGUGCCACCCCUUUCCUCUGUUAGUUCACGCAGUCCUACGCUUGCCGAGGAAGAUUCAGCCGUCAACUUUUAAAGACCCACUGUGCAGCAAACCUGGAGGUGUGGUGUGUAAAGCUGAAUGUCGGAGUUCCGCUCUGACGUACGUGUCGGGACGCCAUCUGAUGUACAUGCGCUGCUGACGUGCGCGGAGACACCAGCGACGAAUGGGCGACACGGUCCUGGGUCAGUGACUGGACACCCGGGUACAGUCGAAGGUGGAUUGCAGGAGAGACAAACUGUACUAGUCGGAUUCUGUCACGAUCUUCGCUGUUUUGUAUACAGACAUUGAGGACAGGGUCACUUCCAUACGAUGACUGAACAAAUGGAGGAGGGCGUUCGAAAACGUUGCGAGCGUGAAGAAAGCACGGCCAGUCCUGAUGCAGAUUCCGACGAUCCAAAAGCCAAGUCAGGCGUGACACUGUCGAGGUCGCUGGGUCUCAUCAGCGGCACGUCUAUCAUCGUGGGGACGAUCAUCGGUUCUGGGAUCUUCGUGUCGCCCAAAGGAGUCCUGGCCAGCACUGGUUCCGUUGGUCUCAGCCUCGUCGUAUGGGCCCUCGCCGGCGUUAUCGCUCUCAUGGGAGCACUUUGUUAUUCGGAGCUCGGCACCCUGAUGUCCAAGUCAGGCGGAGAGUACCAGUACUUCCGGGAGGCGUUUGGCAACGCAGCGGCCUACCUGUACGCCUGGACGUCCGUGGCCGUGCUACGUCCUUCAAGUCUCGCCGUCAUCUCCCUCACCUUCGCGGAGUACACCAACACCCUCUUCAACUUGUGCGGCUCACCCGUAGCACCCGUCAAACUGACGGCAGCGGCGGCAUUGCGUGAUGACCGUGGCUGUGGUCAACUGCGCCAGUGUCACCCUCGCUGCCCGGGUGCAGGUGCUGUUCACGGCGGCCAAGCUUGCAGCGCUCUGCGUCAUCAUUAUCGGGGCUUCGUCAAGCUCGGGCAAGGAUACACGACUGUACUAGCGACGGGUUUCGAGAAUACCAUAGACAACCCGGCCACUGUUUCCCUUGCCUUCUACAGCGCCCUCUGGGCCUACGACGGGUGGAACAACUUGAACUAUGUUGUCGAGGAGCUUGAUGACCCUGGAAAGAAUCUGCCUCGCGCCAACAUCCUGGCCUCCAUCUUGGUUACGGCUGUUUACGUCCUCACCAACGUGUCCUACCUCACCGUCCUCAGCACUACGGAGCUGCUAGGCCUGCAAGCUGUAGCUGUGACAUGGGCAGACCGUGUGCUGGCCGGAGCAACUAUCAUCAUCCCGUUAUCGGUGAUGGCAUCUACGUUUGGGGCGGCCAAUGGUACGGCCUUCAGCGGGGGCAGAGUCCUGUUUGCAGCCGCACGCCACGGAAACCUGCCGGAAGUGAUGUCUUUUGUUCACUACAAGAGACGAACACCAGUGCCCUCACUUUUAUUCACGAUCUUCCUAGCUCUGUUGAUGAUCAUUCCAGGCGACAUUGGCAGCCUCGUCGACUUUUUCAGCUUCACCGCCUGGUUGUUCUACGGUCUCACCUUCACGACUCUCAUCAUUUUUCGUUUCCGCACGCCCUGGCGCCAUGCACACCGAGCUUACAAGGCCCCCAUCGUCAUACCGGUGAUCAUGGUCCUGGUGUCAGUCUACCUAAUCGUGGCGCCAAUUGUGGAUGAGCCAAGAAUAGAGUUCCUGUAUGCGGCUCUUUUCGUGGUGGGCGGCCUGCUCUUCUACUUCCCUCUGGUCUACUUCAAGCUCAAAAUAAAGGUCAAUGAUCAUAUCACUGUCCUCCUUCAGCUUCUCAUGGAACUCGUACCGAGCGCUGAGUGAUCCCAAGGGAAGAAACUCAUUGAUCCAGUUGUGCAAAUUUUACUGAAUGCUCAUAUUGCUCCAGAUGACUUAAUUAAAACUUUGCAAUUUUCAAACACAAAACUCUGGUGACAGUUUUCGAACAAAGAUUCUUUAAACACGGUUCAUGGCGAGAGAGGGAGGACGUUGAACUGCUAUGGAAUGAUUGCAGCUGAAGACUCCGUUCCUUGUGGAACAAAGUAGCAAGACCCAAACCCAGAUCCUCAAAUACGAAGGUACAGCUUCAGGGAUCCACAAGAUAUUAAUUCAGUCCUCGCUACACCGGAAGUCAGAAACAGCCGAGGGAAACAGAGAUGAAAGUUCUGAAUUAAGAUUUAUACAGAAUGAAAGAUCUCAAAAUGAGAUGGUGAUGUGGUCAGAGACCGGUUUUCUGGCAAUCAGUGCCAGUCUCAAACAAUCAGAA